AUGUCAGAAGCACAGGACAGUGUCGUCCACGAUGCACCCGAUAACGGAAGGGCAGGUGUCACCAGCGCGACUGCUUUAGGACCGGAAAAUGGGGCAGAAGCUGUAGCGGGACAUACGGUGGUGAGUGGGGAGAGCAAUGUGAAUGCUGGUGCGGAUAUGGCGACUACUGCCGAGUCGCCGGAUGCGAUUGGUAGCGAGGCAGUUGCUGAGAACGAUUCUGAUUGGGCAACGGCCAAGGACGAUUCUGAUUGGACCACCGGUUGGGGAGAUACGGUGGGAGAGGAUCAGGGAGUGACGGAUGGUGUGGUCGACGGUAGGGACCUACAAGAGGGACAUACAGACAUUCCCAGUGAUGGGGGGAGUGCAGAAAACUCAGACUUGCCAUUCGCACACGACCCAGAAAGUAAUACAGAUAACCUCGAGGGUACUGCGGAGACUGGCCUGAGGGACGGGCAGGCGCACUCUGGACGCACAGACAGCGAUGCAGCCGAUGCGCAUGACGGUGGCAAAGACGAGCAGUCUGUGCAGGAAGACCAGACAGAUACAAUGCAUCAGGAAGGCCAGACAGACACA